AUGGUGGAUGAAUCGUGUAAUCCGUCGGUUUUCAGGAAGAUACAUGGACAGUCAUCUCUUGUUUCUAAGCUUUCCCCAAACUUGCACACCAGGAAUUAUAAUGUGACUAUUGGUGCAUUUUCUAAUGGUUUCCAUAGCCAUUUGCAUCCUGCAAUUCAUGGAAAAAGCCUGGCACUUGUGCCAUGUGUUUCCCCAAUAUUUGUUGCAGCACCAUCUGAGAAAGGUGCUAAAGGAUUUAUGAUUGAUUUUCUCAUGGGAGGAGUAUCAGCAGCUGUUUCGAAGACAGCAGCUGCUCCAAUUGAGCGGGUUAAACUCUUGAUUCAAAAUCAGGACGAAAUGAUCAAGGCUGGUCGAUUAUCUCAACCAUACAAGGGUAUCACUGACUGCUUUGCUAGAACCAUCAAGGAUGAGGGUAUCCUCUCCCUUUGGAGAGGCAACACUGCUAAUGUUAUCAGAUACUUCCCUACUCAGGCCCUGAACUUUGCAUUCAAAGAUUACUUCAAGAGGUUGUUUAACUUCAAGAAGGAAAGAGAUGGCUACUGGAAGUGGUUUGCUGGGAACUUGGCAUCAGGUGGAGCUGCUGGUGCUUCAUCUCUUCUAUUUGUUUACUCCUUGGAUUAUGCCCGUACACGUUUGGCUAAUGACGCAAAGGCAGCUAAAAAGGGUGGUGAGAGGCAGUUCAAUGGGUUGAUUGAUGUUUAUAAGAAAACCAUCAAGUCUGAUGGCUUGGCCGGGCUUUAUCGUGGAUUUAACAUAUCUUGUGUUGGAAUUAUUGUGUACCGUGGGCUCUACUUUGGAAUGUAUGAUUCUCUUAAACCUGUGGUUUUGAUUGGUACUUUGGAGGAUAAUUUCUUGGCAAGUUUCUUGUUAGGAUGGGGAAUCACAAUAGGUGCCGGAUUGGCUUCUUACCCCAUUGAUACAGUCCGUAGAAGGAUGAUGAUGACUUCAGGAGAAGCUGUAAAGUACAAGAGCUCUUUGGAUGCAUUUAAACAGAUUGUCAAGAAUGAAGGAACUAAAUCACUAUUCAAGGGUGCUGGUGCAAACAUCCUGCGUGCAGUGGCAGGUGCUGGUGUGCUUGCCGGUUAUGACAAGCUGCAGGUCAUUGUCUUUGGCAAGAAAUAUGGAUCUGGUGGUGGCUAA